AUGGCGUCGUGUCCGUGGCGGUGGUGUCCGGCGGCGCCGGCGGGCGGGCUGGGCCCGCUGUGGGGCUGGCUGUGGAGCGAGCGCUUCUGGCUGCCCGGCAACCUCAGCUGGGCCGACUUGGAGGCGGGCGGGGACCCCGCCGGAGGCCCCCUCCACGGCCAGGGACAGGGCCAGGGGCAAGGCCAAGGCCUCGGCUUCCCGCGCGCACGGCACGCCCUCCUCGCCUUCCCCCUGGCCGCCGGACUCUUCUCCCUCAGGCUGCUCUUCGAGCGGUUCAUCGCCAAGCCGUGCGCCAUCCACCUGGGCAUCCAAGACAGCGGGACACGCCACGCCCAGCCCAACGCCAUCCUGGAGAAGGUUUUCACGUCCAUCACCAAGAGCCCCGACAGGAAGCGGCUGGAGGGAUUGUCCAAGCAGCUGGACUGGGACGUGCGGAAAAUCCAGUGCUGGUUCCGGCACCGCAGGAACCAGGAGAAGCCGCCGCCGCUCACCAAGUUCUGUGAAAGCAUGUGGAGAUUCACCUUCUACCUGUGCGUGUUCUGCUACGGCAUCCGGUUCUUGUGGUCGACGCCGUGGUUCUGGGAUACCCGACAUUGCUGGCACGGUUACCCCUUCCAGCCCCUGACUUGGGACCUGUACUACUAUUACAUCAUAGAGCUGGCCUUCUACUGGUCCCUCAUGUUCUCCCAGUUCACAGACAUCAAACGCAAAGACUUCCUGAUCAUGUUCGUCCAUCACCUGGUCACCAUUGCCCUCAUCACCAUCUCCUACAUCAACAACAUGGUGCGCAUGGGGACACUGGUCAUAUGCCUGCACGAUUCCUCCGACUUCCUGCUGGAGGCAGCCAAGCUGGCCAACUACGCCAAGUACCAGCGGCUCUGUGAUGCCCUCUUCGUGGUCUUCAGCGCCGUCUUCAUGGUCACACGCCUGGGCAUCUUCCCGUUCUGGAUCCUGCACUCGACGCUGGUGGAGAGCUGGGAGAUCAUCGGGCCCUACCCGACCUGGUGGCUGUUUAACAGUCUGCUCCUCGUGCUGCAGAGCCUGCACGUCAUCUGGUCCUACCUCAUCGCCCGCAUCGCCUACAAGGCCCUCGCCCAGGGCAAGGUGUCCAAGGAUGACCGCAGCGACGUGGAGAGCAGCUCGGAGGAGGAGGACGGCGCCCGGAAAGGUGCUCGGGGCGGAGGCGGCACCAGCAACGGCGCCAACCGCGCCAACGGCCACGCCUCCGCAGGGACGCGCUGGGUGCGGGAGUAGGGCCAGCGGCCGGGCAGGGGUGGCGAGGGGGCCCGGCCCCUGCCUGGGACCCGCGGACUCUGAGGCCUCGCCCGCGGCGGCCCCGCUCCGGGACGGAGGAGCCGGGCCCCACGGGGACAAACGUCUCUCCCUUUUUUUAAGAGCCCCCGCCUUUUGUAUUUAAUAGCCUCCGUGUCCCGUCCGUGACGUGAUGGCAGCGUGUGUGCGUGCGUGCGUGUAUGGGAGCCGGGGCCGGGACAGCGGGCGGGCUGGGGGUCCCGGCCCUUCCCCCCCCCGGCAUCCUGCCCCCGUGGCCCUUCGUGGGGACUCGGCGGCGGGGGGCACGGAGCCUGGCCCGCAUCCCCACUUGGGGUGGCCGCUGGAUUUCCCCACCCGGGGGGACGGGCCGCGGCCUUCCCGCGAUGGUACGUGGGGACGAUGUACCCUGGGGGGCACAGCGGGCGCUGGCGGGUGAGGGCGGUUACCGUUUUUAUACCAUUGUUUGCUCUUCUCUGUGAUUAAAUGUGCUUCGCCCCCUCCA